AUGGCUACUCAUCGUCGAGUACGAAACCUUGAAGAUUUGAAUGAAAACAACAAUGAGAGGGACUGGACAUUCAAGCAAUUUAAUUGCACUCAUCCUUUCACCUUUGAUGGAAGAGGCAAUUCCAAUGCAGUUGAGGAUUGGAUUCAGGACAUUGAAGAGAUAUUAAGUGUUUUAGAGUGCACUGAUAGACAAAAGGUUCGUCUUGCAGCUUUUAAAUUGAUUGGAGAAACGAAGAGAUGGUGGAACUCUAAGAAAGCUAUCAGAGAAGCUAGUGGAACUGGAGAAGUAAGCUGGCCUCACUUUAAGCAAAACUUCUUCGAUCGCUUCUUUCCGAAAGUAGACAGGGAAGCUAGAGCCUUAGACUUUACUAACUUGGUGCAAGGGACCAUGAAAGCACGCUAG